GAUGUUCAGGAAGUGCGGAGCCCGACGGACGUGGCGGCAUACAUGACAAAGAUGGCUUCUUAUGUGACCAAGGCCGCCUACGCACACGGAGAUGUUUUAUUGCGCAGAGAUGACAAGUAUUUACACCAGGCCCGUGUGUAUCUCAAACACGCCCGUCCUGCCGAAUCGCUGCUUUGGGCCACGUUGCUGGGGCAUCGCGGGAAGCUUCUCAGCCAUGACGUCAAAGCCAUCGACCCGCCCACGUUCGCUUCUGCUGGAGACCACGCUGUCUUUCAGAAGUUUCUGGGGAGCCCUUACAGAGAUACCUAUCCAACUUUCAUUGGCUGGCUUCGGCGGGUGCGCCAUACCUUGCCAGAGCCCAGGCCCUAUGUCGCCAACACGAAGAUCGCGGUGGCCAUGAACUUCUGCAGCCUCUGGCGUGGCGCACGCCGUGAACUGGAGACACUCGGAUACUCGGGAUCGCAGCUCCGCAACGCUGAGUUACACAUCGACACGCUUCGAGAAGGUGUUGCGGCCUGGUUGAAGAACGGCUGGACGCAAGCGGCCGCGGCAGAGCAACAGCCCGUGCACGUGAUGGCCCAGCUCACUCUGAACCAGGGGCAGCAAGAGAUUGUCAACAGGGUUUCGGUGCAGUUUGUUGUGAGAGCCUCUGAAGAAGAGGAUCUCGCUUGCAGGCGAGCUGUCUGCGCGAGGGGCCCCGCUGGCACGGGGAAGACGGCAGCACUGCACAGAGUCAUCUGUGAGAGCCUCGGGCGCCAAGAAAGAGUAGCAAUUGCGAGCUUCACUGCUUUCGUCGCUGAUAGCUUUCGGAGGCAGUUCCCUGGAGCCACGUGCGACACGCUGCAUGGACUGCUGAACGUGGGCCCUGUCGCGCACAGCCCUAUGGAGAUGGGAGUGGGCCUUCUCUCGUACGAUCUUAUCGUUGUCGACGAGGUAUGCAUGCUUCCGCGCUGGCUCUUUGAUGCUCUCUUCUCUGCGUGGAAUGCUAUCGACAGAUUGCCUGUGCUCCUGGUCGCUGGAGAUGAUGGCCAACUGGCGCCCUUUACCGACAGUGGCGGUACUUCGGCUGGCAACGAGAACUCUCCGCACUGGCGCCUGGUCGACACGGUGACACUCACCGAACCCAUGCGUGCAAAUUCCACUCUCUGGCCUGUCUUGGUGCACUUGCGUUGCGUCUGGCCUCUGGGACACGACUUCCUCAAGAAGUUGCUUCACGGACGCGUCUGGCACAGAGGGCCCCUGACGGCACAGUGCAUGAGAGACCUCUUUCAGGCCAACCCUACCACGGUCCUGGUGUGCAUCGGGCGGAAACAGGCUACCAAGCUGAAUGCCUUGUGCCAGAGCGCGCUGCUUCCGUCGCACGAGAUCCUCAAGACAGUCCUGAUUGAGGAAGGUGAGACUCCGCAGGCCGUGCCUCUUCAGAACGGCUUGCCUGUCAGGCUCACUAGAAAUGUGCAGAAGCGCCGCGGCCUCAUCAAUGGAACUGCAGCAACGGUGCGCGGCGUCAGUGAUCGCACGGUUCUCUUGCAGGUCGGCGAGAGUGUCGAGCACGUUCGGCUCUACGUGGAGAAGGGCCGCCGCUUCUUUCCCAUUGCCCGAGCUUUCGCAGACACGUUGGCGAAACGUCAAGGCAGCACCCUGCCUCACAUUACCAUUUCGCCUGAUGUAGACUACGUGCCUGCCGCUGCCUAUGUAUGCAUUAGCCGAGUGAGAGACAUUGAUGAUUUCCUCUUUCUCGUCCGGCCGCGGCUUGAAUUCUUCCUGCCAGCCGCAUCGUGCCAAUAA